AAAUAGUGAGGGUAACACUGAAAGGGUACUUGAAAGUGGACCCUUUGACCACUUCUGGGCUAAGAGAAUCAUCCUGCCCUGAGGGGGAUGAAUGAAAUGACCUACUCUUCCUGAUAUUCUUCCCCACCCUACCCCCCCCAAAAGUGUUUGACAACCCAGAUCUAUUUCAGAACCUCCUAUCUAUGCUCAGAGGAAACAGCAAUGUGACAUGAUAUGAUCUCAUUCUAGGGCUAAAUAAAGCCAUUGUGUGAGAUCCAGCCCUGGCUACUACGCCCCUGUUCCAUUUCCUAAGCUCAGGGAGACCUGGGGGGGUAGAGGGGUUGUGGGAGAGCCUUUUGAAGGAGAGAAGAUCAAGGAACAGAAAAGGAAAAAACGGUUAGGAGACCAAGUUUUGGAGAAAGAAACACUGAGGAGGAAUUUUCAAGGGCUGAUAUUGUGGAGCAGGCAGCCAAACCCCAAGCACUUAAAGAGAAGAGUAAGGCACCUAUGUUGCAGCAUUGGGACAAAAGAACAGAUUUACUGGGAGUGUAAUAAAGAGGCUUGCCCAUCACAGGCCAGCCCAUCUGCCACUUCCAUGAAUGACGAAAUCCCAGAGGCCUUCCUGGCAGGAGGAGAUCCAGUGCCCCAAGGAAGAACUCGGAGAUGUCUGUCAGCUGUGGAACCUAGUGGGCAGUCUCAGGAAGAAGAGGAAGAAGAGGAGGAAGAGAAGGAGGAAAAUGACUUCCAGCCAGUACCCCUUCGAAGAUCAAAUGCCCGCCAUUCCCAAAGCUACGUUCGUGACCCUUUCAGGCGUCACAGUUGGGAACCUGGUAGUGUAUUCCAGGAUGCUGCCAAUGAUCCAGUGGGAGGGAGGAACCUGCAAAAACUGGGGUCUGGAGGCCCGAGGGAGUUUCAAAGUCGGGAGGAGCUGGAGACAAUUCUGAGGCCUCAGGAUCAGAGUGGCCAACUUGAAUACCUGGUUCAGAGAUCCCAGCAUCCAUCCGCUGGUCCCUUGAAUGGCUCUGCCUGUGGCAUCCUCUCCAAAUCUGUAUCCAUGAGUGGAAUUGAUGGCUACUUCAAUCUAGAUGCAGAGAAUUUACCCCAAUCUCCUGGCCCUGACUUCAGCAACUGUCUCUGGGGAGGCAGCUGCAGCCAGCUGGACGUAAAGCCCUCAAGAAAACAGGCAGGCCGCUCCCUUCAACGGACCCUCAGCCUCUUUUGGGGCAUGACAGGCAAGGCCAAGAACCGAGAAAAAGAGAAGAUGAAAGAAGCCAAGGAUGCCCGCUAUACCAAUGGGCACCUUUUCACGACCAUCUCUGUAUCAGGCAUGACGAUGUGCUAUGCGUGUAACAAAAGCAUCACAGCCAAGGAAGCCCUUAUCUGCCCAACUUGCAACGUGACCAUCCAUAACCGCUGUAAAGACGCUCUUGCCAACUGCACCAAGGUCAAGCAGAAGCAACAGAAGGCUGCCCUGCUCAAGAACAGCACUGCUUUGCAGUCGGUCUCCCUUCGGAGCAAGACCACCAUCCGAGAGCGCCCUAGCUCUGCUAUCUACCCCUCUGACAGCUUUCGCCAAUCCCUGCUUGGCUCUCGAAGAGGCCGAUCCUCCCUUUCCCUGUCCAAGAGCGUCUCCACUACCAACAUCGCUGGGCACUUCAAUGAUGAGUCCCCUUUGGGCCUUCGAAGGAUCCUUUCUCAGUCUACAGACUCCCUCAACAUGCGAAACAGAACACUAUCUGUGGAGUCUCUCAUAGAUGAGGGUGCAGAGGUGAUUUACAAUGAGCUCAUGAGUGACUUUGAGACAGAUGAGAAAGACUUUGCAGCGGAUUCCUGGAGUCUGGCAGUGGACAGCAACUUUCUACAGCAACACAAAAAAGAGGUGAUGAAGCGUCAAGAUGUCAUCUAUGAGCUGAUCCAGACAGAGCUGCACCAUGUGAGGACACUGAAGAUCAUGACCCGGCUAUUCCGAACGGGGCUGUUGGAGGAGCUGCAGCUGGAGCCAGCCCUAGUACAGGGCCUUUUUCCUUGUGUGGAUGAGCUCAGCGACAUCCACACCCGCUUCCUCAGCCAGCUGCUAGAGCGCCGGCGCCAGGCCCUUUGCCCAGGCAGUACCCGAAAUUUUGUCAUCCACCGGCUGGGGGACCUGCUGAUUAGCCAGUUCUCAGGCUCCAGUGCAGAACAGAUGCGUAAGGCCUAUUCUGAGUUCUGUAGCCGCCAUACCAAGGCACUCAAACUCUACAAGGAACUCUAUGCCCGAGAUAAGCGCUUUCAACAAUUCAUCAGAAAGGUGACCCGCUCCACAGUGCUUCGACGACAUGGGGUGCAGGAAUGCAUCUUGUUGGUGACGCAGCGUAUCACCAAGUACCCUGUACUCAUUGACCGGAUCCUGCUGCAUUCCCGUGGCAAUGAAGAGGAACACCGGGACCUGACAACAGCCUUGGGGCUGGUGAAGGAGCUGCUAUCAGCAGUAGACCAAGAGGUACAUGAGCUGGAGAAGGGAGCUCGCCUGCAGGAGAUCUAUGGACGCACAGAUUCUCGUGCCCAGACCCCAGUGCCCGGCAAGGGUCCUUUUAUCCGAGAAGAGCUUCUACGUCGAAAGCUGCUACAUGAUGGUUGCCUGCUCUGGAAAACAGCUACAGGACGCUUCAAAGAUGUACUGAUGCUGCUGAUGACAGAUGUGCUAGUGUUCCUUCAGGAGAAGGACCAGAAGUAUAUAUUUCCUGCCUUGGACAAGCCAGCAAUAAUCUCACUGCAGAACCUAAUUGUUCGGGACAUUGCUAACCAGGAGAAGGGGAUGUUUUUGAUUAGUGCGGCUCCCCCUGAGAUGUAUGAGGUCCACACAGCCUCCAGAGAGGACAGAAAUACAUGGAUCCGGGUCAUCCAGCAGAGUGUGCGUGUAUGCCCAUCUAGAGAGGACUUCCCUCUGAUUGAAACAGAAGACGAGGCCUACCUUCGAAGGAUCAAAAUGGAACUGCAACAAAAGGACAGGGCACUGGUGGAGCUUCUGCAGGAAAAGGUGGGACUCUUUGCUGAGAUGACCCAGUUCCAGGCAGAAGAAGAUGGAGGGGGUGGAGGGCCACUGCCUACCUUGCCUCGUGGCCUCUUCCGCUCUGAAUCCCUGGAAUCCCCUCGUGGGGAGAGAUUGUUGCAGGAUGCUAUCCGUGAAGUGGAGGGUCUAAAGGACCUGCUAGUUGGGCCUGGGCUAGAUCUGCCCCUACUCCCGAGGGAAUCAGGCCUGUCACUAGAGCCUGACAGCAGUGGCAACACCAGUCCUGGGGUCACUACCAAUGGUGAAACAAGGACCUUUAAUGGUUCCAUUGAGCUCUGCAGAGCUGACUCAGACUCAAGUCAGAGGGAUCGAAAUGGGAACCAGUUGAGAUCCCCUCAGGAGGAGGCCCUACAGCGACUAGUCAACCUUUAUGGGCUUCUCCAUGGACUUCAGGCAGCUGUGGCUCAGCAAGACACCUUGAUGGAGGCAAGGCUCUCUGAGGGCCCGGAGCGACGGGAGAAGCUAGUGUUGUCCCGGGCCAAUUCUCGAGAUGGGGAUGUAGGCAGGGCCGGAGGUGCCCCUGUGGCUCCAGAGAAGCAGACCACAGAGCUGGCCCUGCUGCAGCGACAACACGCCCUGCUCCAAGAGGAGCUCCGUCGAUGCCGGCGGCAAGGGGAAGAGCGGGCAGCUGAAGCAGGCGGGUUAGAGGCUCGGCUUCGGGAAAGCGAACAGGCCCGAGCCCGGCUGGAGCGGGAGACCGAAGAAGUGAAAAAGCGACUGGCUGCCCUGGGUCAGGCUGAGCCACUCUCAGCUGAGGCGCCCUGGGCCCGCCGACCGCUGGACCCUCGGCGUCGGAGCCUCCCUGCUGGGGAUGCCCUCUACUUGAGCUUCACCCCGCCUUCCCAGGUUGUCCCCCAGGUAUGCCGAGGCCAUGACCGCCUAGAUCUUCCCUUGUCUACUCGCUCUAUUCAUCGAACCUUUGAGGACAGAGAUGGGCCUGAGCUAGGCAGUCCAGAGGAGCGACUUCAAGAUAGUAGUGAUCCUGAUACUGGCAGUGAAGAGGAGAGCUGUAGUCGUUUGACCCCACCACAUAGCCCUCGAGAUUUCCCCCGAAUGCAGGACAUCCCAGAGGAGACUGAGAGUCGAGAUGGAGAACCUAUUGCUUCAGAGAGUUAAAGGGGCCCUUCCCCCAUUUCCUGUCUCCUCCAUGACUAUUUCUGGAGGAUGGAGAGUGGGGGGAGUAGCCUUUGGAUAUCCAAGUUAUAUAGGUGAGGGGGAGACUUAAUAGAACUGCUGGCUUUUGUGUUUCUCCUGCCCCCACCCCCAGACCUCCCAACUCAGGGAGAGUGGGCUUGCUUGAGGGGGUCAGAAAGCUGUGGAAGAUGCCUUCUGGUGACAUCCAUAAGCAGCACCACAGAUGCCAAUUUUUCAGACCCUUCCAUCCCCCCAUCUGGAAAGAUUUAUUUAUUUAUUGUUUAUUAGCUGGGUGGGAGGGGAGGGAAUUAAAGGACCAGGGACAAGGGAACCAAGCCAUAAGGAGCCAGAAAAUCUGGCCCUUUAACACUACUGGGGGAGGGGGAGGGAGGGAAGACCAACCAGGGAUUAACCCUUCAGUUACUAGACUCUUAUCUACCCAGCAACCCUCAUCUUGAGUGGGGGGCCAAAAUUACCAGAGCCAACCUGCCCUUUAAAAAGGGAUAUGGAGAGGGCAAGUAUCCUUCUCACUCCAAACUCCCUAAUGCUGCUCAUUCCAACCUCCAUUGUAGCUCCAGGGGGGCAGAGGGGCCACAGUUUCUAGGAACCCAGAAUGGUCUAGAGUGGAGAUUGGGGUGGGACCAGUGGUAAUGGUGGGAGAUCCUUUGGGAACACAAUGUUUUGGGGUUUUGUUUGUUUUGUUUUCUUUUUUGUACCAAAGCCGACUGCACGUGUUUUAUAUUUUUAAGAGAAGAUCAUAGGCAAUUAGAGAUGCUAAUUCCAACUACCCCAUGUCUUAAGAAACUUGGGGGUUAAGGUUGGGCAACAGUACUUGUUCAUCAUAAUCUACCCUGGUGAGGGGAUCUCUCCUACCUCCUCUUACUAGCCCAUCUCCAUUCUACUAGUUGGGAAUGCAUCACAGAGGUGUACGAUGUAUCUGAGGGCCCUGUGGUUUGGUUGGAAAACCAAUCUUGAAUUUUCUCUUGGGGUAUUUUGGCAAAUGCCACAUACCCCUCCUCAGAGGCCCCAGCACUUUUCUGAUGAUUUGAUUGUAAAAAGACCAAGCACACAGAAUUAAAGACCUGGAACCCCU